AUGUCUGACAAGGAAAACAUGAGUGGGAACACUGACCUGGAGAACCAGAUCCCUGGGAACGAUAAUGACAAUGGGUCCAUUGGGAGAAUCUACACGAGCGGUGCUCACGACGAGUACGUGUACAUUGGGAGGCAGAAGUUCUUGAAAUCUGACCUGUACGGUGCCUUCGGUGGUACGUUGCAGCCUGGGCUCGCUCCUGCGUCCACGCACCGGUUUGGGAACCCUGCGCCAUUGGGGUUGUCCGCCUUCGCGUUGACCACUUUUGUUCUGUCCAUGUUUAACGCCCACGCUCAGGGGAUUGUCACUCCAAACGUCGUCGUUGGGUUGGCAAUGUUCUACGGUGGUCUCGUACAGUUGAUUGCAGGUAUCUGGGAGAUCGCUCUGGAGAACACUUUCGGUGGUACUGCUCUGUGCUCCUACGGUGGGUUCUGGUUGUCCUUUGCAGCAAUAUACAUCCCCUGGUUCGGUAUCCUGGAGGCCUACAAGGUCAAGGAGAGCGACUUGGGAAACGCUUUAGGGUUCUACUUGCUGGGUUGGAGUAUCUUUACCUUCGGUUUGACCAUGUGCACUUUGAAAUCAACGGUAAUGUUCUUCCUGUUGUUUUUCUUACUGGCGAUAACUUUCCUACUGCUUUCCAUCGGGGAAUUUACACACAAGUACGGUGUCACAAGAGCAGGUGGGGUUCUAGGUGUCGUUGUCGCAUUCAUAGCAUGGUACAACGCCUACGCAGGUGUCGCCACAAGACAGAACUCGUACCUAUUGGCAAAGGCCAUCCCCUUACCCGCUACAGAGAAGACCAUCUUUUAA